GCAUUGCACCACACUGGAUCAACAGCCUGAUGGGCGUCACUUCAGAGCCUUCUUUUUGCUUGCUGGAUAAUCGCAAAUCCAGCUCCGCACUUCUCGAAGAUCCACGCACUUGGAUCUUGUUCUCUCUCGGGCAUUUCUCCGCGAGUUGUGUCUCCCGUCCGACCAUGUGCGAGAUUGAAGCUGACUCGGUCUUACCAUCUUGAAUCCUCGAACGACGCGCAGUGCUGCAUGGGCGAUACUUUGGCGUCAGAGCUGGGCAUCUUGGCCAAAGGGCAGCCACGACUGGUGACGACGUGGAAGCAGGUGCCUCGCGGUACAAAUGGGGGUGUAUCGGCGCUAGGCACUCUCGUAUCAUUUCUCGGCGGAGCACUUAUUGGAGUUGUCUGCAUCGCAAGCCUAUACUUCCUACCGCCGAGCCAGACCGACGACUCGCUCUGCUCUCCGAGCGUUUCGUCAGCUGUCAUCUACUUGAGUGUGGGCGCGCUUUCGGGGCUCGGAGGAUCCAUGGUGGACUCGCUACUAGGCGCCACUGUGCAGAAGUCAUGGUAUAACCGCAAGCUUGGCAAGAUUCUCAUUGGUAGACGGCCUCCCGGCUCGACAGAGGGUCAAUGGGAAGUCAUCACUGGUCAUGAUAUGCUUUCUAACAGUGCUGUCAACUUUAUAUCCAGCGCUGUGACUGCCUGUGCGGCAGCUGGACUGGGCAGUCUCCUAUUCUGACAAGUUAUAGAAUCCGAAUUUAUGCACGUAAAUUUGUCGCGAUUGAAGCGGUACGCA